GAUUAUAGAAGGUCAACAGUUCUGCCAUCACUUCACAUUGACGACGAACGCUCUGCCCGUUGGUGUGUUUGUGUGUCUGUGUACGCUCUUCAAACAGGUUCCACACACACGCUUCCACAAUUCCCUGCCGAUGAGCCCUGCGUUUCUAAUAAAACAAUGUUGUGUUGGUAUUGAUUAUGCUGCUCCAGCGUUUAUCUGCAGCGUCGGUGAACUCAACGCGCGAUCGUACCCGGGUGGUCAGUGUUUUCGAAGCCAUCGCUAAGAAAUGAUGAAACCACAGACACUGUUUCUGCUGCUCCUGCUAACGGCACUUCAGCUGGCGGCCCAGGACACGACAUUCGGUCUCUUCCGACAGAAGGAGUACUACUUUAGCAGCUCUUUCAAGCUCAACUGGAACAAGGCGGUCGAGUACUGCCGAUCGCGCGGCAUGUUCCUGCUGUCGGUGCGAAAUGCCGAGGAGCGGGAAGCCGUCAUCGAGUAUCUGGACAGUACCGGGUACACGAAAACGCACAAAGGUCUGAUGGCCUGGAUAUCGGCGAACGAUCUCGGCGAGGAGGGCGAAUUUCACUGGGCCUCGACGGGGGAGCGCGUAAACUAUCAGAACUGGAGCGAAACGGAACCGAACGAUUACAAGAUCGACGACUGCAACGGAGAGGAUUGCGCGAUCCUGGAGUACUGGUCGGAGGGUGGGGCCAACUAUAACUACACCUUCAACGAUCGGUUCUGUGGGCGGGAGUAUCUGUUUAUCUGUGAAACGUUGCCUGCAUGAUGUAUUUACUACUGACCUGAUGUUUUUAUGUGAAGAAUUUUGAGUAAACCACAACCAGUUAGAAGCGUGCUCGCUUUGCUAGCCCCUA